CCUCGAACUCAGAGAUCCAUCUGCCUCUGCCUUCUGAGUGCUGGGAUUAAAGGUGUGCACUACCACUGCCCAGACAAUGUAACAAUUUUUCAUCCUUGAUUUUUUUAAUUACCUUUUCAAAAUUCUGAAAUUCUUUGAAUUCUUUAACAAGUUAAAGUGGGUUUAAAAAGUAAAUGCUUUAAUUACAUUGUGUGUGUGUGAGAGAGAGAGAGAGAGAGAGAAAGAGAGAGAGAGAGAGAGAGAGACUCUAAGUGGAAGCCAGAAGGCAGCCUUGUGGAGGAGUUGGCUCUCUGUUCACCGUGUGGGACAGUAGCGAUGGACUUAGUCAUUACACUUAGUGGCAGGCUGAGCCAUCUUGCUGGCCCAACUUUUAUUUUUUAAAUAAUACCCAUAAAGUGAAUGUAGAUUUUUGUCGUUGCUUUAGAAUCUCAGCUAUUGGUUGGGAGUCACAUACACCAUCUAGGGAUGCUGCUUUCCUGUUAAAAACAUUUGAAGUUGAUUGAAAAUUAAUCUUUGAGCCAGAUAUGCCUAAGCCUUAGUGACAAGUAAUGGAACCUUCCUACUUUGUUCUCUUCCGUUUCAUUCCUAGUAGUUGGGAUUUAGAAUGAAGAUUUGCACGGACAUCCAAAUCUAUCAGGCACAAAAGUUAAUGCAAAUAUUUUUUUCUUACCAUAAAAGCAGGGAGGGUUAAGUUCUGAAAUUUUGUAUGUGGCUACUAUACUAAGAAAACAUGAACAUAUUUUCAUGUCAUUAAGUAGUCCCUAAAAACUUCUUCAGAGCUGGAUGUGGUGGCGCACGCUUUAAUUCCAGCAUUUGGAAGGCAGAGACAGAUGGAUCCUCCCAAGUUUGAGACCAGCCGGGUCUACAAAGUGAGUUCCAGAACAGCCAGGGCACUUAUGCAGAGAAACCCUGUCUCAAGAAAAGAAAGAAAAAACCUUCAGGUUCUGGAGGGCUGGUUCGGAGGUUCAGAGCAUCUAAUGCUCUUCCAGAGGACUGGAGUUAACUCAACUGCUUGUAACUCCAACUCCAGGGAUCUGACACCUCAUCUCCUUGGCACCUGCACUCGUGUGCAUAUGCCCAAACAUACUCAACAUUUUAAAAAAUCUAAGAUUACACACCUUUCUGUUUCAUGAACAUGAUGCAGAUUUUUUCUAGAUAACAUUCAAAAUCCCUCUAAUAUAAAAACAUGAACAUUGACAUGAUUGUUCUCAUAUCUUUUUUCUUUUUCCUCUAGCCUUCCCUUUUCCCCCUUUGUAAGUCCAAGAGAUUGAACCCAGGGCCCCAGAGCUAACUAUUCCUUGUUCUUGCCUUUAUCUUUAUUUCUAAUUGGGUGUGUUUUCCUAUUUGUUUUUGGAAGCAGGGUUUCUCUGUGUAAUAGAGCCCUGGCUGACCUGGAACACAGAAAUUCACCUGCCUUUGCCUCCCAAGUACUGGUAUUAAAGGCAUGCGCCACCAUGCCUGACUCUGAUUGUUCUUUUAAUAUUGGUUCUAGAAAGUAAGAAUGUGUGUUACAAGUUAACAUUCAGUUUAAGAGACAUCUUUUCCAAAGUUGUUUCUCUUCCUGUGUUGAGGAGUUCUUAAGACUCAGAGGCUAUUUGUCUGUCAGCUAAUGGGAAAUUGUGUCAUCCUAGCUAGCCUUCCCUUCUGAGCUGUUACCUGCUGUGACUGUGGUAAUACAAUUCUAUAGGAGUGGGGAUGUGUCUUACCAAAAGCAGGUGGGGUCCUGGGCUAAACUAUCUGCUAUGCUUGCCUUCUUCAAGGUGGCUCAGCCGAUCAGGGCACUGGCCACACAGCGUGAAACCAUAGUUUUGUCCCCAGAACUCACCUGGUAGAAGGAGAGAACCAACUCCUGCAAGUUGCACAAACUUCUGCAUGGGUACCGUGGUAUAGCUGCGUUCCCUCCAGACACACAAGUGAUGGUAGUGUGUUACAGUUUCCUCUGAACUGCUCCAUCACACACUGCACUAAUUUACUUUACUAGUUCUCUUCUACCAGACUUUAAUGACCCAUUGAGUUUAGAAAUGAAAUGAGGAAACAGGUCUACAAAGAGUAACUUUGUCUCAACAGCUUAUUUCUGUUUAUCUCACCCUAUUUUCCCCUUCCUUUCCCCCUGCAACACAGUGUUUCUCUGUGGAGUCCUGGCUGUCCUGGAACUCACUUUGUAGAUCAGGCUGGCCUUGAGCUCACAGAGUCUCCUCAUUUCUAGCCUAUUUUGUUUCCGUUUUACCUUGACUGUUAAGGAGUCCCCAGAACUAUACGAUCAUACUCUUAGAUUCAUGAAAAUAGGACAGUGAGUCUUUAAUUCAUUUUAGAAUCCUUGCUUGUCUUUCCUCCCGGGGUCAUUUCUCUGCAGUAGAGGCUUUGAGUACUCCACUGGCACCAGAGUUCAUGCUGUUCUGCGAAGUGAAUUCUCUCUCUCUCUCUCUCUCUCUCUCUCUCUUUCUCUCUUUCUCUCUUUCUUUCUUUUUUUAGUGGUAAGUUUUCUUACAGACAUGUUAGACCUUAAAUAAGUUCUGUCUCUUUAGUGUCUUCAUCUCUAGAAGAAACAGAUAAUGUGUGUGUAUGUGUGUGUGUGUGAGAGAGAGAGAGAGAGAGAGAGAUUUGUCUUUAGUACUUUGCUAUUGUAUUAUUAUACUGAGAAGUUUAUUUUUUGUUUUUUGUGUUUUGGUUUUUUGGGACAGGGUUUCUUUGUGGCUUUAGAGCCUGUCCAGGAACUCACUCUGUAGACCAGGCUGACCUUGAACUCACAGAGAUCUGCCUGUCUCUGCUUCCCAAGUGCUGGGGUUAAGGGUAUGUACCACCACCACCCCGCUGAGAAAAUCAGAUUUAAGUAUUACUGACAGCACAGUUGAGAAUAUUUAGGAAAACAAGUAAUACUGAAUUCUCAAUAUCCGCCCAGAUACAUAUAUAAAUUUUAAUUGUUAAAAUAUGAAGUUAUUAUAGCUUUCAAAAGAACCUAGUGAGCAUUAUUUAAGUAAAAUUUAAAUUAAUAGAGUGUGAUUACUUGGAGAAUCAUGAUGGCCUUAUUAGUGACCCCUGCAACCUGAGCGUCAGGCACCAGGUCUCGGCAGUGACUGAGACAGCUGAAGCCUCGGCCAGGGCCUUGAUUUCUCACACGAAUGAGAGCUCUGGUGCCUUUGCAGCCUGGUGAAGUGAGACCUGACCGUGAGGAACAGCAUGAGAGCCGUGCUAGCUCCUGGCAGGCACCAUGACUUAGGACCAUCCUGCAUGCUGGACAGCACCAAGACAAGGUGGGAAGUGAUAGAUGGCGGAGUGAUGGGAGAGGAAGAAGUGGGCAAGUAGGUGGUGGAGGCACAAAAGAUGAGCGCUGUGCCCUGUCUGUGAGAUGCACAGGAAGCGUGGAAGGCAGCUGUUGUUCUUGCUCCUUGGGAAAAGGUAAAAUACACAGCUCAUCAAGAGAGUCAGCGACAGACACAAGCGCUAGUCGGCCUGCGAGUUUUCCCUUGAGAAAAUCGGCCACCAUAUGAGUCACCUUGACUCCCAGAACCAUGUCUUAGCCCAGGAGGAAGAGAAGUGCCUGCAGAAUGGAGACCCACAACCGACUGGACGUGCCCUGCUGGGUUUACUUCUCAUCAUUGGUUGUGGUGGUUCAGCUAUGAAACUGGACAACUCUAUAUUGAAUUACAGUUUUGCCAUGCUGUGUCUAACGUUGGCCAGAGAUUUAUUUCCUUUGGAAGCUUUGGGUUGGACAAACACUGAAGACACACAUGCAGAGUAGGCAGGAACACAUCUAGAGACCCCACCUAACACGUGGCUUGCCUGUGACACAGCCGCUACUGUGUACAAAUAUGGGGUGGAAAGAUGGGAAAGAGAAGCGGAACGGUCAGCACUGUAAAGAGAGGCAGGUCUGCAGAUGCGAGGGUGGAGAGGAGCAGCCUGAUUGAGCAGCCUGUGAAGCCACCCAAGGCCGUGAAGAAUUCCUGGCCCAUGCUGCCACAGAGGAACAGAUUGCCAAGAGGCGAAGGCUGUCUUCACUGAGAGCUUCUAAGUCUGAGUGGAUGUGUAUACUCCUAUUUUAAAAAAAUGAGUUUAACUAGUGAUGUAUUAAGAGUUGAAACCUGGCUUUUGGCAACAUGGCAUGUUAAAGUGCCUCUAAUGUGGCUGGAAGCUUGUGUUAACUGGAUCCAAGAAGAAAAUAAUAAUGUUAAUUUGAGCCAAGCACAAAUAAAUAAACAGGUGUUGGAACAAUGGCUUCUUACUGACCUGAGAGACUUGGAUUAUCCUCUAUUACCUGAUAACAUUUUAGAACUUCCAAAGGGAGAACUGAAUGGAUUUUAUGCUCUACAGAUCAAUUCUUUGGUUGACGUAAGUCAGCCCGCAUAUUCCCAGAUACAAAAGCUGAGAGGAAAGAAUACAACCAAUGAUCUAGUUUCAGCUGAAACACAGAUUACUCCAAAACCAUGGGAAGCAAGGCCUUCCCGGAUGCUGAUGCUGCAGCUCACGGAUGGUGUUACUCAAAUUCAAGGGAUGGAGUAUCAGUCUAUUCCAGCUCUCCAUGGUGGUCUUCCUCCAGGUACAAAAAUUUUGGUUCAUGGACGCAUUUCAUUCCGUCUUGGUGUUCUCUUGUUGAAACCAGAAAACGUGAAGGUGUUAGGGGGUGAGGUAGAUGGUCUUUCAGAAGAAUAUGCUCAAGAAAAAAUACUUGCAAGAUUAAUUGGUGAACUUGAUCCUACAGUUUCAGUCGGACCAAGUAAUUCUGAUCACAAUGUGCCCAGAGUUUCAGGGGGGCUGGAUGCUGUCUCAGGACCUUCGGAUGAAGAACUCUUGGCAAGUCUCUAUGAAAGUGAAGAGCCUGCAGCAAGCAAUGGUACAUCACCCACGGAAGGAAGCUGUUUCAGCACAGGCAGCUCCUCAACUACCACUCCUACAAUUCAGUCUAGUUUUGAGCCCAGAUGUAAUAUUUCUUCAAAGCACAAGGAGAAGCCAAACCAAUCUGUGCAUUUCACUAGUGGAGAGUUUGAUGACUUCUCACUGGAAGAGGCCUUGCUUUUAGAGGAAACUGUCCAGAAAGAACAGAUGGAAACAAAAGCAUUACAACCAUUAACUUUGAAGAAAAACACAGAUAAAUGUGUAGAGAUAUUUUCACAUAAACCUAAUACUCUGAACCACACUUCUUUGAUUAAUAAACAAGGAAACAGCAAUUACAAUGAAAAAAAAUUAUAUGAACAAAUAGUUUACAAAGACAAAUUUUUUAGCUGUCCAUCUGCAAGAGACCAUCAUAAGAGACUCUUAACCCAGGAUUUUACAGAUGACAGUAAGACUUUGGAAGUCAGUAAUACAACUGAGCCAAACAUUGACAGUUCAGAUGAACAUUGCUCCAGUAAUAAAAUGUUAAACAGAAAACUAGGAACCGGUCUAUCAGAAAAGAGUUCAAAGGUUUCUAAUGAAAAUAGCUCCCCUUUACAGGCUUCUUCUUUAAGAUCAGUUGAGAAUAAUACUGAUCUCUCUAUUGACAUGGACUUACAUUCUCCGCCCUUUAUCUAUUUGUCUGUUCUAAUGGCCAGGAAGCCAAAAGAAGUCACCACUGUGACAGUCAAAGCAUUUAUUGUCACUUUGACUGGGAAUCUCUCAAGCUCCGGUGGCUGCUGGUGUGUGACUGCAAAGGUUUCUGAUGGUACUGCCUAUCUAGAUGUGGACUUUGUAGAUGAAAUACUUACCAGUAUGAUAGGUUUUUCAGUACCAGAAAUGAAGCAAUUAAAAAAAGACCCUCUUAAAUAUCAAAACUUCCUAAAAGGGUUACAAAAAUGUCAGCGAGAUCUGAUUGAUUUGUGUUGCCUAAUGACUAUUUUAUUUGAUCCUUCUUCACAUAAAGCCUUGGUACUUGAAUUACAAGAUGUUGGUGUGGAACACCUUGAGAACCUAAAGAAGCGGCUGAAUAAAUAAUUUGACAAAAUACUAUUAGAGUACACUUUAAAACAUGCAAAUAUUCGUAUUGUUUUUGGAACUCUGUAAAGGAAGGAAAAAGCUUUUGAGCUUAAAAAUGGGUGAGAUGGCUGAGUGGCUAAACAGGCUUUCUGCCAAGUCUGAGGACCUGAGUUUGAUCCUUUGGUCCCUUGUGGCUGAAGGAGAGAAACAACUCCCAAAAUCUGCUGUCUGUCCUUUACACAUGCAGCAUGGAACUCAUGCACACAUAAACACACACACAUACACUGAAGACAUUUAAAAAUAAAGAUAUUUAAUCAAAAUGCA